UUAUUAUUAAGUUUUUGGCUUCGUCUAAACGAGUUCAGUUGGUCUUUUAAUUGAGAAAAAAUAAGAAGUACAAAUGUGGUUUCACGCAAUUUUGUUGUGCUUGGUCUUUUCAAGCAUAUUUGCUGCAGAGGAAAAGAGUCUAUGCACGCUGCCUUUUACGAGAGGAAGGACACAGAUUUCACACAGAGAGUUGCCGGAAGAUAUUCAAACUAAAGUUAAGCAAUCAUACAACGGAGAGUUUAUUUGUGCAAGUCGCAAAUUGGGGGAAGCCGAAGUCUACAGUGUUCAAGUAUUUGAUAGAGGCUAUGCUUGCGAGGUGGCCUUUACAGCAUUUCCUAAUAAAACUUCAACAUGGACAGUAGAAAAAUGCAAUAACGGAGUGUGAAAAGAAUAAUAAGAUGAAUUUUCCAACGCUUGUACUUUAUUAUUUUGUAGGAAGCUGGUGGCUAUCGUUUCCAACGAAUGGAAAUGAUAUUAUUGCGAGAGUUAUAUGCAGAAAUUAAA